AUGAAUGAAUGUGGGCGGUCAACCAGAAAAUCGAAAACAUACAUAGCUAUUCUAGCGGAAAUACUUUGUUUAAUUCUACCACUUCUACUAGGAGUAGCCUUUUUAGUGCUAGCUGAACGUAAAGUAAUGUCUUUUGUGCAACGUCGAAAGGGUCCUCAUGUAGUGGGAUCAUUCGGAUUGUUACAACCUCUAGCAGAUGGUUUGAAAUUGAUUCUAAAAGAACCUAUUUCACCAAGUAGUGCUAAUCUCUCCCUUUUUAGAAUGGCUCCAGUGGCUACAUUUAUGUUAAGUCUGGUCGCUUGGGCCGUUGUACCUUUUGAUUAUGGUAUGGUAUUGUCAGAUCCGAACAUAAGGCUACUUUAUUUGUUUUCCAUAUCUUCGCUAGGUGUUUAUGGAAUAAUUAUAGCAGGUUGGUCUAGUAAGACGGGGGGCGGCCGUUCGGUCGCCUAUGAUAUACAGACCAAUUGGUCAAAAAUGGGUUUGUGCCACAGGUGUUGA